UUUACUGCCAAAAGAACACGGCAAAGACCGCGUGAAUGAUUCGGUCUUCGGUCGUUAAAAUACAUAUUUUUUUAAUCGACAAGAUUAGUCAAUCGAGUGACGCAAGAUCCGAACCAGCUUCUCUCCUUACUUAUACUAGCCUACUGAACUGUAUAAACGUAAUGACUUAAUUGUAUUGGUUAGAUUCCUAUUUCCAAUCGAUGGCCGAGCCAGGCAACGACGACAAGCCAGUGAGGAAGAUUGCCCAGUCGUUCAAGGAGCUCGCAGCGGCCGUGAACUCCCAGACGGCGGACGUCGAGGUCGCGCCUUUCUCUCACGCCUGCUCUCUUGUGUUCCCUCUCCUCGGCUGCCUCGGCAUCGCUUUCAAGUUUGCGGAGAUGGACUUCGUCCCCAAGGUUCGUGAUCUGGCAGACGCAUCCAAGUCAAUCAAGACCUUGCCGGCUUUGCUGGAUCACGAUAUGGAAAGGAACUGUGUCAGGAAAGCAGGUAGCCAUUCGAGAAAUCUGCUGAGGGUGAAUCGUGGCCUGGACGUGGUCAGGGUAAUCUUCGAACAGAUUCUUGAAUCAGAGGGGGAUUCCUUCAAGGAUAUAGUCUCCAAGGCUUACGCGCAGGUUCUUGCUCCUCACCAUGGGUGGGCUAUUAGGAAAGCUGUAGCUGCUGGGUUGUAUGCCCUUCCCACAAGGGCACAGUUAUUGAAGAAAAUCAAAGAGGAUGAGAACUCGUCGAAGAUUCAUUUGCGGGAUUACAUCGUUGCUUCAGAGACUGUCAUUCUUUACAUCAACGGACUCUUCCUUUCUAGAGACCUAGGCAUUGAAUGGUAAACGUAUGACACACGUUCGGAUGUAUCCGUACACGAUUGCAUAGUCACCUUGAGUUUGUCUGAGCGGUAAAGUGGUGGUGAUCUGUCCGGUCAGGGUUCUGAAGGCUUUUCAGGUGGCUUUUUGGCCACAGCGUCUGCUUGUAGGCUUGAGCUUUCAAGUAGAAAAAUGUAUUAGAAUGAUAAAAUCUGAACCGUAUGCAAAAUAUGGACACUACGUACUUUAA